AUGGUCAUCAGAAUCCGAAACGCCCUCUUCUUGGGGGCUGUGGCCCAUCAAGCCGCGGCACAAUGCUCUCAAGCCUCCAAUGUCGACCUAACCUGGCAUGCUCCCAACCAGACCAAUAUCAACAAUCUGAGCUUUGUCGUCAACGGCACAGGUUCAGAAGGCGUGUACAAUACUUCCAUCACGCCGGCAACUACAGCAUAUAGCACAUACAACUGGUGCAACAUGCCUCAUGUCCGUCGCCAAGAGUAUCCCACAGCUCCGUCAGGCUAUGACUUGGUAUACGUUGAACUGAUCCACCGCCAUCACAAGCGCACCCCCUACGCAUCCAACACAUUCCCGCACGAGACAUACGCAUGGUACUGCGACAACGAGGCGUUGUUCUUCUACGGCGCCCCCAGACCAGACGGCACAUCCGCUCAAGUCGCAUGGCAAGUCUACACGACGGACUCCAACCCCCUAGCCCCGCAAGGCUUCAACGGUACAUGCCAAUUCCCCCAGAUCAGCGGCGCCGGCCUCAACGAUUCCCGCCAGCACGGCAAGGACUUGUAUGGAGUGUACCAUGACCUCCUGGGCUUUUUACCGUCCUCGUACGACGCCUCAAAGAUCACUUACAGGGUAACCAACAAUGUCAUCACCUCCCAAGUUGUCGGACAGGUCAUCGAGGCGCAGUACCCGACACUCACGGACCAAAAUGUCGGCGUGGCCAUACAGCCCGACAGCAUCGACUCCUUGGAACCGGCGUAUACCUGCACCGCCUCUACGAACCUGUACGCGAGUUAUAGCGUGGGCAGUUCCGCUGCGAAUUGGACAUUGCAUCUGAACGACUCGGUGGCACUGUACGCGAAGCUCGAUUCUGUGUCAGGCGUGAACACAAGUGACUCAGGCUGGCAUAAUUGGUUUGACCACUAUUUCGACAAUCUGUCAGCGAGACUGUGUCAUCAGAAGCCACUGCCUUGUCAGAUUGGGAAUUCCAGCAACUGUAUCACGCAGGCUGAUGCGGAUGCUGUGUUCCGCCGCGGCCAGUACGAGUAUUCGUUCAUAUAUCGCGACUCUCCGUCUUCGCUGCCAAUGUCGACAGGCAGUUUCGGUAUCUGGACCGCCGAACUGGCCAGCAAUUUGAGGGCGGCGAUCAAUGGGACCAACAGCACGAUUUACAGACACAAUGUCGCUCAUGACGGGUCGGUGUCGAGGCUCUUGUCGAUCCUGCAGGUCGACGUGAUGGUCUGGCCGGGCAUGGGGUCCGAAGUCGUGUUUGAAUUGUAUAGUAAAGGCGGAUGCUACUACCUCAGGAUCCUGUGGGGUGGACAGGUCCUGCGCAGCUCGAAUCCGAGUUUGGGACUGGUGGACAUGAUUCCAGUCCAAACGUUUUUGAGUUAUAUUGAUGGAUUGGCUGGGGUUAAGGGGGCGAAAAUUCCGGGGUUGUGUUCGGGUAGCUAG